CGGGCUUGAACGUGGUCGGAAACCGGGAUCUCGCUGUCUUCGUCAAGAAGGGCGAGAAUAACAUCGACGUUGUUGGAAAGUUUACAAGUUACUGCGGCGUGGGAGAUUUCUGUCUUUGAGGUUUAAAGGCGACUGUAUAAAACGAAACGUAAGCAUAAGGAAAAAUGGGAAGCGGAAGUUUUUGUUUGUUUCUUUUACUUUUGUCGUCCGCGUGUCAAAUGAUUAGAUGCGACGAAGACGUAUACGAAGACAAUUAUUAUGCGCAAUAUUACGGGACGUCAGGUGCUUACGCAGAAGUUGGGGAGUUGCCUUCGACGCCGGACACGGACGAACCAGCCAACACCGCCUUUGAAGUUCGCGCAGAGUGCUGGCCAGACCACGUGACCGUCGCUUUUCCACGGAACCAUCUUUCCAGCGAGCUUGAGUUUUUCCUCCCUAAAGCGCGGAUUGGUUCUCAACGGUGCGUCCAAUUACGUCAGACACGAACAACUGUAUCUUACUCCGUUGCUCUUUCUUGCCCCCAAGUGGUCACUACUACAACCACAGGAUCGAGUAGAUUCUACCGCCACGAGGCGCUGUUGAUCCGCAGCUCCAACCCUUUCUCUUCCAGCGAUCCCUACUCCGUCGUAUACACAGUUCAACUGGAAUGCGAGCACUUCGGUGAGGUUGGACCAGAAGGUCUCACGUUUCCAAACACCAGUAUCCUGAGGUCAGAGAAGAGAAUUUUUGAACACAGGGUGGCGAUAGACUCACCGGACGCGUGCAGACAAACCUCGUGCUCCUAUGGCAACCUAUGUUUACCUGAUACUGACGUAGAUGGCUUCUUUUGCGUUUGCGGAGGAACUUCGAAGGACUGCUUGCGAGAUUGUCCGGUGGAUUAUUAUGCUUGUGAGAGGAACAUCACAUCUAUCUCAAGUCUUCCAAAGCUGAAAUGCAUUAAGAAUGGCUGGUUGUGCGAUAAUAGAUACGACUGCGAUCUGCGGGACGACGAGACAUCAUGUGCAGAAAUCUGGUCAGAUUGGUCGUUAUGGACGAAAUGUUCGUCUUCCUGCGGUACAGGACACAGAAGUCGACGACGAAGAUGUGAUAUUGCCUUCACUAAGGAUCCUGAUAGGUGUAAACUGCAUCGUGGUGCACUAGGGUGCAGCAGACGAUGUACGAAGAACAAACAAGUAGAGAAACAACAAGAGAGCUGUGCUGGCGAUGCCUGCUCGAGCGUGAAGUGCGAUCGACGUCACAUGACCAUCGCUAUACCACGGGAGCCAGAAAUGACGUCACAAAUGAUUGAAUCGCGCAUGAUUCUGGGCAGAGACCCAGACUGUCGGCCAAGCUACAACGAUACCCACGUCAUAUUUGUUGCGUCACUGCAAGAAUGCAAUAUGACGUCACAGGUAGAAGACACGUACGUCUUGUACAAGAAUGAAAUCGUGUUCAAUGCCAUGGCUUCGACGUCUAGUAUCAUUAUGCGGGACAUGGGCCAUUCAUAUCAAGUGAAAUGCAGGUUCAAGCGACGUCGAACGGUCGUGCUUAAAAACUCGGACACUCUGAAUUCAAAUUCUUUAGAAACUGAAGUUGCUGGUUUGACAUUUGAUCACAGCAAUGAGAGUUGGGCUGCCAUGUCAGCUGUCACUCAACAUUUUGCUUCAGGAGAUGGAGAAUUCGACUUUAAAUUAAAUAUUUAUCAAGAUUCCACAUUCAGUCAGCCUUACCAACGUAGUGAAUAUCCACUGCGCAAGAAGCUUCGAGAAGAACUUUACCUUGCUGUCAGUUUCCACACAGAGGAUGAAGAUCUACGUGUUGUGAUUGACAGCUGUCAGGGAACUCCAACUAGACUGAACGACGAUGAUACGAACGCCUAUCUCUUCAUUGAGAAUGGAUGUCCAGUAGACCCCACUGUACGUUUCCUUGCCAAAAAAGGAAGCCGAAUGGAUGCGUUUGCAAUGGAGACAUUCAAGUUUAUUGACGAGUCUCACCCACUUGUUUAUUUCCAAUGUAACGUCAUCGUGUGUGACGAACAUAGUGAUGACGAUCUGUGUAACAGGAAUUGUUCAAAGGGUUCCAUUACGUCACGUCAUCGUCGGUCAACUGACAAUAUGGUACGUGGUCACGUGGUACAAGGGCCAAUCAUCGUCGAGGACGAGGAAACGGAUGCAUUUGAAAUGGACGGAGAGUUUAAUGAAGGAGAGAUCGUGCACCGAAAGUUACUGCAACCAAACCACGACAAAACUCCUAUUUCGCCAGACGAAGUUCAAGUUGUGACGUCACAGGGCGCUGGAAAGGAAAUGACGUAUGUGAUCAUUUCUGGCGUGACGUCAUUGUUAGUGGGAAUCAUUGUGGGGAUUGUUCUCAACAGACGGCGUUCGCGUCGCCCGGUUUCUGUAUGACGUCACUAUCAUUUUGACGUCAUCAGUAACAGCGACGUGACGUCACAAGUGUGACUGAUUGUAAAUAAGAAUUGUUGAAUAUAAACGAAGUUGUAAAUAAACACAAAAACGAAAAACAAGAA